CUGUCAUGGCGUCGCACAUGUAAACAAAACUUGAAACUGUAAACGUCAAUUUUGAAGAAAAUUUGAAAUCAAUUGAUAUAUACUUUUUCUAGAAAAUAGCAACAAUAGGGAACAAUAGUAAUAGAGGAAAUUUUGUCAUGAUUGUUGACAGAGUUGACAGUAAAAGUUGAUAGAAAUAUAUCAAAUUCUAAUUAACAAUGACUUCGUUUGUUGCCGAUGUUCUGCUUACAGCAGGUAAUUUGGAGAAAAUUGAGUUAACGGAAAAAAUCACUGAAAUAGAGAAAAAAAUAACAAAACUCAAAGAUGAAGUUAAAGAAUUUAUGGAUGACAAUUACGUCGAAUUUGUGCCAAGAUUGAAAAAAGAUAAGGCAAUGGUUCGAGAUGCAGAGAAACUUAUUGAUGAAAUGAAAAUUUUGGAGAAACGUGUCGAUGAGCAGAUGAAACUUGAAUUAUCUGGUUCGAAAAAAGAAUUACAAGAUCUCUCGGAUGCACUUCAUGAAUCACACACAAGUCUUCAGGUGUCCAGUUGUCUUUUAAAACUAAACGACUGCAUAAAAUCUGUCGAAAAAUUGCAACAAGAAAGAAGAUACAUUGAGACAGCAAAAACUUUACAUCAAAUGCACAUUUAUCUCAGUGAUUCGAGUGUGAAUUUGCAAAAUCUCGACAUUUAUACAAAUUUAGAGAAUGAAUAUGUCACACUUUAUAGUGCUUUUGUAACUGAAAUUACAAUGAAAUGUCAGGAAUUUAUCUCAUGGAGGGAGGAAAUGCAAAAAAAUGAAUUAACAGUAACGCUUACUGUUGAAAAUGAAAAUAGAGAGAUUCAAGAUAUUAUUCUUGCCUCAUAUUACAUUGAUUAUUUAUCGCGUUAUUUACACGCAUUUACCACAAAUUUAUUAAAACACUUUAUAAAUCCUAUUAUAUCGCAGAAUUGUUUGGUUUACGUUGUUCAAGAGAAAGCGUUCAAUGUGAGAAUUGUCAACAAAACUGAAACACCGUCCGACUAUAAAAAUGUUUUAUACAAUCUCAGAUUAUUGUUUACAUUUCUCAAUCAGCAUUUGAAUUUUGACGUGGCGGGAAAAUCAUUUUUGGCGAGACUUCGAGUUUAUUUACUUGAUGAUUUUUCUCAAGUUCUCAUUAAAAAUUGUAUUGCAAAUACAAUUCCGAACUCGAGUUCUAAAUUACAUUCUUUUCAUCCGGUUGUUGAGGAUAUCAAUGAAUUUCAGGAUUAUUUGCUUCAAAUUGGAUUUAUUUCUAAGGACCAAUGCUUUCUUUCCGAUUAUACAAAAGACAUAGACACUUUAUUUAUUAAUAAAAUAUGUGAAGGUUUGUUGGUGAGAGCGAGGGACAUAAUGAAAAAAGAUUUACAUGAUUCUAUUCUAAUUGAACCGGAGGAAUUGUCUUGUGAUUUGUCUCAGAAUGAUUUGAAACUAAGUAGAAAAUUAAGUGAACAUACAUUCCAAUUACCUGCUUGUAAAAUAAGCAAGAGCGCACAGGAAAUAUUACAGCUCGGCAGGGAAAUUUUGGAUGAAACGUGUAAAAGUACAGAUGAAUGUGCAAUAAGAUUGUUUUACACGAGUAGAAAUAUUUUCGAAAUGUACGCCGGUUUAAUUCCCGAAUACCAUAAGAAACUCUUGGAAACUGUACCACAGCAAGUUGCACUUUUUCAUAACAAUUGCAUGUAUCUUGCACAUAAACUCCUCACGUUAACAAAUGAAUAUGAAUUCAAAUUGUUGCCGAUUUUAAAGAAACACAAUGUCACUUAUGCCGAUCAAACAUUAAUGCUUCGCAAAGUGGCUUGUGAACAUUUUUUAAAUCACAUGAAAAUUCAACGGGAUAUUAUUUUCGAUAUUCUCAGGAAGUCAGCGUUAGCGACUAUGAAACAAAGUCCGAAUUUAUCACAGGACACUAAACGUGAUGUACAGCAGUGUUUGAGACAAUUGGAUCAUUUAAAAGCAGUCUGGAUUGAUGUUUUACCUGAAAACAAUUAUUGUCGAGCGAUCGGUCACAUUGCAAAUUCAAUGGUCGAAGAUUUAAUAGCUAAAAUAACAGCCGUCGAAGACAUUCCAGCAGAUUUAGCAACUGAUUUGGUGACACUGUUAAAUAAUGUUGUUCAAGAGACACCGACAAUUUUUCCUCAACCGGAAACAGUUCAAAGAUAUAUUCGCACUUGGCGAAAAUUAUUGGAAUUAAUAAUAGUGCUCGGCGCAUCUUUAGCAGAAAUUGAAAAACGUUGGGCAAAUUCACAGGGUCCACUUGCCCAUGAAUUCACCGCCGAUCAAGUGAAACGACUAAUUCGAGCACUUUUCCAAAAUACAGAACGUCGAUCCGCCUUGUUAAUGCGAAUCAAAUAAUCUUUUUCGAUGAUGAUGUUGAUGAUGAAAUAAAAAAUUUGAUUUUUUACCUUUUUUCGAUUUUUUUUAAAACCGAACAUAGAAACGAAAAAAUUAUACUUACUUUUUUCAAUUUUUGACGAUGGAAAAAAAAUUCUCGUUUUCUAAUUUUCUUGAUAUCUUCCGAUUUUUUUCGCUUCUUUUUUUUUUUGUAAAAUUUACUCUUGUAAAAUUUGAUGGUAUUUAAAAAUGUAAUCACAGGUGUGCUUGUAUAGUAUUCGAGGAAAUAUAAAAUUAUUCUUGCAAAUUUUAUAUUUUUAUACGCAUUAACAAAUUUCUCUUAUGAAAAAUGUCAAGAAAGCCAAAUGACAAUGCAAAACAUAAUAAACCGGUAUUCACACCUUGCGAGUAAAGUAUAAUAAAAAAAUUGUUUUUUAAUUAAUUAAAUGAAGAAAUGAAAACAUUUUUCAAAUUCAGAACAAGUAGAGGCGAACAAAUGAAAAAUGUAUUUAAAUACGAAACAUUCGAUUGUUAUAUGUAAUAUAAUUAAUGUUGAUGAUUAGCACAAAGCAUUUUUAAUUUCCUGUAAAAUUGUAACAAAAACAAAAUAUUAAAAUCUCUACAACUGUUGAAGAUAUUUUAUUUCUAUUCUAUUUUUCAAUCUCAAUUUAUAAUUUUUGGAAAAAUUUCCUCAGCAGUUGUGUUUGGAAAAAAAAAACGAGAAACUAAAGAAAAAAAGGUGAAACACUGAGAAAUGAAAAAAUUAAAGGACAAAAAAAAUAAGACGUAGAAAUUGUCUUUAUUUUAAAGAUAUCUUAAAAAUGUGCUUAACAAAUACAAAAUACAGUAUUUCGAGUAUUUAAAUACAAUCUUCUUAUGCAGCACGUAUUUACAUAAUAUAUUUUAAGCAUUUUUUUUAUUCUAGUAUACACUCUCCGAUUCAAUUAAAUGAAUCAUUAAGAAUUCUUAUCUAAACUAAUAACUAAAGAAGAAAAAAAAAGUUCCCACGAUUAAUCGGAGAGUCGCAUUAUUUUUUUUUUCUCAAAUACAUUUUAUCUAAAAAAAAUGUUCAUCCCUGGCAACAGAAACAUUAAUAUAUAUAUACUAUAUAUAAAUAUAAACAAUAUAAAUCAUUACACAAUUAAUCGUAAUCCUAUAGAAUUGAUUACAAAUACAAAAUAAAAUGUACACAUUAUUUUUUUCUCAAAUUAUAACCGCAUGGUGUGAAUUCCGGAAUUUGCCAGGGGAGGGGGAAAGUUCUUUAAAAUAAAAAUUUGAUAAUUGAAAGUAUCUCUCUUAACUACUUUUUCGGGUUUUCUCGCAGGAUCAAUUUUUUUUUUUUUUUUGGAAAUUAAAGUUUUUCUUCGUAGAAUUACGAUUUUAAAUUUCCCAAAAAUUAGAUUUUUAAUUUUUCUCGUUUUUUUUUUU